AAUGAAAUUGGUUUUUGGUUUAGCUAUUUUAUUGGCACUAAGCAGCUGUGCCACAUUCUUGGAAGAAUAACAGCCUCUAGAAAAUAAAAUCUAUAAGAUAAAGCUUGAGAGAACUGAAUCAUAAGCUAGAAAAUCUCUAUUUGAUUUCAUUACAACCAGCUAAUAAUACAGGAAUUCCCCCGACAUCUUAGACGAGUCAGACAUGGCUAUGGCAUAAACAAAAUAAAAAGAGUCAAUUAAAUUGUAUAACUUUAAAAAUACUUAAUAUACAGGAGAGAUUGGAUUAGGUGGUUAAGAUAAUAAAUUUAAGGUAUAGCAUUUUACCUAUUUAGGUUAUAUUCGAUACAGGAUCUGCAAAUAUAUGGUUGAAUUCAGCUAGAUGUAAUGAUUAUGGAUGUAAAAAUCAUAAACAAUAUGAUGGCUCAAAGAGUGCAACCUACGAGCAUUUGGGAUAUGAUCUGGAUGUUGAGUUUGGAACUGGUGAAUUAAUGGGUGAAGUAAUAAAUUUUUUAAUCUUAUAGAUUAAUGCAGAUACUGCUUAUGUUGGUGGAGUGAAGAUAGCAAAAUAAGAAUUUGCUGAAAUCGUAAGAGAGAAUGGUGAUGUAUUUGCUCAAUCUGAUUUUGAUGGUAUUGUUGGAUUAGCAUACCCUUCAAUGGCUGCUUAUAACUUCAAUCCAUUGUUUGAUAAUAUUAUGUAAUAGAAAUUGUUGGACAGAAAUGUGUUUUCUUUCUAUUUUUCAAGACAAGAAGGAUCAAGAUCAUCAGAGUUAACUCUUGGUGGAUGGGACACUGAUCAUUUUUAAGGAGAGUUACACUUUCACAAUGUUGUCAAUAAAUAUUAUUGGUUGUUGGAUGCUGAUAAUAUUUUAGUAAAUGGAUAAGAUGUUGGAUUAUGCAAACAUGGCUGCAAAGUAGUUGCUGAUACUGGUACUUCAUUAUUAACAGGACCAUCAGAUGACUUGUAUGAUCUAUUGGGUACAAUUUUACAUCAUAAAUAUAGACACUCUGAAUAUAGAUGAAAAUUGUAAAAAUGCGAAAGAAUUACCAAAAUUAACAUUUGUUUUAGAUGGAAUUAAUUAUGAUUUGGAUGCUAAUGAUUAUGUCAUGAAGAUUGACUCUCAAGGAAAUGAAAUUGCAUAUGAUACUUUUGCAAGUAUUGACAGUUUUGUAGAAAUGGGUGCUAAUUGUCAAUGUGUAGGAUCAUUCAUGCCUUUGGAUAUUCCAUCACCUUAGGGUCCAGCUUGGAUUUUGGGGGACACUUUCCUAAGCAAAUAUUAUUCAGUCUACGAUAGAGAUAACGAUAGAGUUGGCUUUGCAAGAGCAAAAUGAU